AUGUCUAAGGCUCGGUCGAAUUCUUUAGCACAACCCCACCUAUCUCGAAUUCCGGUACUCGAGCCGCCUCGCCUCUCCCCAAGUGUUCCUUGCCCCGACUUAGUUACCGAAGUCAACCCCCUUUUACCUCCAAUGGCGAGCCAUCCACAGCUCGAGGCGGGGACCCAUACCUAUGAUACGCCUACUCGAAAGGAUAGUGGUUUCUCCUCCUCCCUUGGACGAGCAAAUGGAGAGAUUUAUUU